UCCCGAUGUCCCUACUCAUUGCUUGUUCGUCGCAACUUUGUACUCCGGACUGCAUGAAAUGAUCGGAAAGUCUGAUUUCUUAAAACUAGAUUGUAGCCAGAUCUUUGUAGCGUGGUACGGAUCAUUCUGUUUUCAACUCUCCAACACUGUAAUCCGUUACUAUGCCACUUCUAGACGGGCUUCGCCAUGGCGAGCCGGUCGACGGCAGCGCCAGCUCCGGUAUCCAUACCGAGCCAACUGCCACGCGACAAAAGAUUGUAAUUGUAGGAUUGGGAAUGGUGGCCAUCUCAUUGAUUGAGAAAGUGAUCAAGCAGGAUACGGCCCGUCGGUUCGAUAUCUUGGUCAUUGGAGAAGAGCCGCACAUCGCAUACAACCGUGUAGGACUCUCAACAUACUUUGAGCACCGCAAGAUUGAGGACCUUUACCUUAAUCCCAAAGAAUGGUACGGAUCAUUCAAAGAGCGCGCUUUCGAUCACCAUCUCAACACCCGAGUCACCGAGAUCGAUUCCAACAAGAAGACCGUUCAAACAUCAACCGGAGAAACGAUUUCCUAUGAUAUUCUCGUUCUCGCUACUGGCUCCGAUGCCGUCCUCCCCACAAACACCCCUGGCCAUGAUGCCAAGGGCGUUUUCGUAUACCGCACAAUCCAAGAUCUCGAAUCCCUCAUUGACUUUGCAUCCAAACACAAGGGCGAAACGGCCGUCACGGUCGGAGGAGGUCUGCUUGGCCUAGAAGCAGCCAAGGCUAUGACGGAUCUGGAAGAUUUCGGCAACGUCAAACUCAUUGAUCGCAACAAGUGGGUCUUGGCCCGGCAAUUAGACGCUGACGCCGGCUCUUUGGUCACUCGCAAGAUUCGGGAGUUGGGUCUCGAUGUGCUCCACCAGAAGCGGGUCAAGGCCGUGAACACGGACGCGGAUAACCACGUGGUGGGUAUGACGUUUGAGGAUGGUGAGCAGAUUGACUGCUGCUGCAUUUGCUUCGCGAUCGGUGUGAAACCGAGAGACGAACUGGGCCAAUCAGCGGGUAUCCAGUUAGCUUCAAGAGGUGGCUUUGUCAUUGACGAAAGCCUUCAAACAUCCGUACCUGGCAUCUACGCCGUCGGGGAAUGCGCCAGCUGGGAGAACCAGACAUUCGGUAUCAUCGCGCCCGGUAUCGAAAUGGCCGAUGUCCUCGCCUACAACCUCACAAACCCUGACAAGGAGCAGAAGCGCUUCACUCGCCCGGAUCUCAGCACGAAGCUGAAGCUACUUGGAGUUGAUGUUGCCUCGUUUGGAGAUUUCUUUGCCGACAGAGAUGGGCCCAAGUUCCUCCCCGGUCGCCGUCCAUCGGUCAUCGACGGGGUCAACGCAGAAGCACCUCGUGAAAAGGAACCUCCUGUAAAAGCAUUGACAUACAAGGAUCCAUUUGGUGGAGUGUAUAAGAAGUAUCUGUUUACUAUGGAUGGCAAAUUCCUCCUGGGAGGUAUGAUGAUCGGGGACACCAAGGACUACCUCAAAUUGAACACGAUGGUCAAAAGCCAGAAGGAACUGGAGGUACCACCAAGCCAAUUCAUUCUUGGGGCACAGAGCGAUGGCGAGGAGAAUGCCGAUGACCUAGAUGAUAGCGUGCAGAUUUGCUCUUGUCACAACGUGACCAAGGGCGAUGUGGUUGAGUCCGUCAAGAGCGGAAUUUGCAAGACCAUGGGUGAAGUCAAGUCAUGCACUAAGGCUGGUACCGGUUGUGGUGGCUGUAUGCCUUUGGUGCAAUCCAUCUUCAACAAGACUAUGCUCGAAAUGGGACAAGAGGUGUCAAACCACUUGUGCCAACACAUUCCCUACUCCCGCGCCGAUCUGUAUAACAUUGUUGCCAUCAAGCAACUGAAGACCUUCCCCGAGGUGAUGAGAGGUGCCGGCAAGAACCCCGAUUCCUUGGGUUGUGAACUGUGCAAGCCUGCCAUUGGCUCAAUCCUUUCCAGUCUGUUCAACCCUCACGUCAUGGACAAAGGAUAUAACGAUCUUCAAGACACCAAUGACAAGUUCCUCGCCAACAUUCAAAGAAACGGCACAUUUUCCGUCGUGCCUCGAGUACCAGGUGGAGAGAUCACCGCCGACAGGCUGAUUGCCAUUGGAACAGUCGCCAAGAAAUACGGACUUUACUGCAAGAUCACUGGUGCCCAGCGCAUUGAUAUGUUUGGGGCAAAGAAGCAGGAUCUUCUGGCCAUCUGGACUGAGCUUGUGGACGCUGGUAUGGAGAGUGGUCAUGCGUAUGCCAAGGCUCUCCGUGCUAUCAAGAGUUGUGUCGGUACUACUUGGUGUCGCUUCGGUGUUGGCGACAGUGUCGGCAUGGCUAUUCGAUUGGAGGAGCGAUACAAGAGUAUUCGCGCACCUCAUAAGUUCAAGGCCGCGGUGUCGGGCUGUGUGCGAGAGUGUGCCGAGGCGCAGAACAAAGAUUUCGGUCUUAUCGCAACUGACAAAGGUUUCAACAUCUAUGUCGGAGGUAACGGUGGUGCUAAGCCUCGGCACUCUGAGCUCCUCGUAACGGAUGUACCCCCCGAGAUGGUUAUGCCCAUCAUCGAUCGCUAUUUGAUCUUCUACAUUCGCACAGCAGACAAGCUGCAAAGAACUGCCCGUUGGAUCGAGAACUUGCCUGGUGGCAUCAGCUAUCUGAAGGAAGUCAUCAUCGACGACAAGCUGGGUAUCUGCGCCGACAUGGAGCGACAAAUGCAGGAGCUUGUUGAUACCUAUUUCUGCGAAUGGACUGAGACCGUCCGAGAUCCAAAGAGACGAAAGACCUUCCAACAAUUCGCCAACACGGAUGAAACUGUUGAAACUGUCGAAGUGAUCAAAGAACGCGCCCAGAGCCGUCCCACAUACUGGCCCGCAACCUCAGCGCAAGAAGACUUCAAGGGUCAUCAGUGGUCUAGCCUUGCAUGGCAGCCCGUGGUCAAAUCGGAUCACUUCUCGGAUGAGCCUCCACAAGUCUCAUCGGCGAAUGUCAAACGAGGCGAUACUCAACUCGCCGUAUUCAAGAUCAAGGGUAAAUACUACGCGACGCAGCAGAUGUGUCCCCACAAGCGAGCUUUCGUUCUUUCGGACGGUCUGAUCGGCGAUGACGACGCUGGCAAGUACUGGGUUUCAUGCCCGUACCAUAAGCGCAACUUCGAGCUCAACGGCGAACAAGCAGGGCGAUGCACCAACGAUGAGAGCAUGAACAUCGCUACUUUCCCCGUGGAAGAAAGAGACGAUGGGUGGGUCUACGUCAAGCUACCUCCCAUCGAGGAGCUAGAUUCCGUUCUUGGAACGGAGAAGUGGAAGGUCAAGAAGGGAGAAGCUCCAGACCCGUUCCAGAAAUUGGACAAGCGAUACAAGGGCAUGAAGGGCAAGAAGGUUGCCGAGGGUGAAGGUGUAUCCGAAUCACUAGCUCAACCAGCCAAGGGGAUUGACUGGUAGAGGUUGUAGAAUGUUAGUGUAACGACUGUAUUGCAUUUUGGCGUUUGGGCUGGAUUGUAUUUGCGGUUGCCUUAUUGCCUCAUGGGCCUCAGAGUGAGAUUACACAAUUUGAGUUACAUCAAUGCAUUCUAAUAGAUCUGAGAAACGGCCCGGUUGAUUGAAUCUUCCAUUAAAAUGGACAAUGGGAAUCGACAUAGAAACUGUUGCGAUUUGGUCUAAUUGACCACAGUUACAGUAGUAGUCUGUUAAUUACUUACUGUAAGUUAGUGAAAAUAAUCCAGUCAUGGCUAAUUGGGUCAAGAGAUGCCAUAGUUAAUCGAAUCUUGGCCUCAUGAUGGACUUUGGCAGAGUGUAAACAAGCUAAUACAACACCGGCUUCUCAGCAUGGAGAAGUAAUGAGCGUGGGAGCUCAUCACCGAUCGUAGUUUUUCAUUCUUUUGCUUAUCGAAGUUAUUUUAUGGUUCCAGCAUUUCAAAAGAUGCGCACACACAGACGCACGCAACCACGUUGACUGCGAUUUCAUCACGUGGAGGUAAACUGUAUCCCACAUUUUCUGCAAGCCAUUGGGCUCUUGGGCUCUUGACUUCCUCGGAGAACGUUCUUCUUAUUCAAGAUUUUCCUCCCGAUCUUCUCAUGUACGUGAGAUAUGAUGAUAGUCAUCCGGAGUACUCUGCGCCGCAAGGGGGCGAUGGGCCACAGUCAUAGUUGUCUUCCAG